CCGAAUGAUUCGCGCUUGGCGGCAGGCGCUUGCCGCGAAACCAGAACCGACCAAAAAUUUAGAGGACAUAUGGGACCUACCUGACUACGGCUUUGACUGUCUCUCCAGCAACGACACGCGUACAGUGGCAUCAACCGCAGAGGUUGAGGAUUUGCCGACACCUCGUCAACCUCGCGGUCUUCUAGACACACAAGACUUCCCGGAACCAGAAGUUGGCCAUAUUCGCUUACCGGCGGAAGUACAUCUUCAAGAUGACGCUUUUGCCGGCGUACAAGUGCUGCCGCGAGGAGAGGACGAGUAUGAAGCUGCGGAUGGACUGCAAACACUUGUGCAGUUGUAUGCUCGUGCUCCUCCACCUGCGGUGCUGGGAGGUGACAGCCAAAUCGCGACACACAGCGUCUACCCGGACGACGAGCAGGAGCUGCAACCGAGGAUCGAAAGAGGAGAUCGAGAAGCUGAGGAUGAAGAAGAAGGAGAUGAGGAUGACGAUGAGGCGAAGGACCUGCAUUUCAGAUGUCUUUUGCGGGAAAUUGCACAGCAGAGACGAGAGCAGGGAGUGGAGGUUGAUCCCGCAGCGUUGAGUGCCGAACUACAGGAGGAACACCGAAACUUCCUUGUCAAUUUCGAUCUUUCGGUAGGAGGACCGGCAGCCUUUUUUGAUGACACGCACGACGCUGACGG